UGUUGAUUAGUGAACUUCCAGAUGAUUGUUUGCUCACCAUUUUUGAUUAUUUGAAUAAUUUGGAUGAUUUAAUAAACUGCUAUAAAGUGUGUAUCAAGUGGAGUCACUUAAUUGCUAAGCGAACCAAAAAAGUUAAAUAUUUGAUUGCAGGCUAUAUGGAGAAUGAUAAUUGUGUUUAUUAUGUUAAAAGUCGAACAACGGAAAUGUUUGAUGGAACCUGUUUAAGCACAUUAUUUCAGAAUUUGAUGAUUAUUGAAAUGACGUCUUAUAAUUUUGGUAGAAAAGUAAAACGCAAAGAUAUUGUCGCAUUGGUCAAAAAUCAAAAAUCUUUGAGAGGAUUAACUGGAGAAUAUCUAGAAUGCCUAUCCGAAUAUUGCGAUAACCUCGAAAUGAUUCACUGCGAUUUCUUUGAGGCAAGCAUUCAACAUAAUGGUUCCAGUAUAAAACAAUUGUAUGAUUUCGCUUACUUCCAAAAAGGCGCACAUUAUGUCCCAAAUCUUGAAAGAUUAAAUUUCGAAGGUUCAUCCCAAUGCUACGAUGGUCCAGUACUGGAAAAGCUUAAAAUAGUUGAAUUGUGGACAACAGGGGGAAGUUGGGGCUCAAAGAUAGAUUACAGCUCCAAGUUCAUGGAUUUCUGUCCAAAUUUACAAAGUGCACAUCUUUUAGUGGGUUCUAAUCGCUUUUUUGUUGAUGAAACCAUAAAAAACGAAUGUUUGCAAGAUUUAGUUUUAGAUGCUGUACAUGUUGGCCUAAAGAACUUGAAUGAUUUGAGAAGGUUGCUCAUGAAAUAUCCAAAUCUCAAACAUCUUUCGUUGAGGAGAGUAAGUAAAUUAAAAGAUGAACAUAUCGAGAAAAUAGUUUACAUUUUACCUAAUUUGGUUCUAUUUGAUGUUAAUGAAUGUAUAAGAGUGACGCAAAGGGCUGCUGAUUAUGUUCAAAAUCAUUGCAAACGACAUGGAAGAUCAAUUAAGUUUUACUUCUACGAGAAUCGCCAUGAAAUCGAAUCAGAUUGGCCUCAGCUAUCCACUAAAAGCGAAAAAAUUUGUCGAGGCUUUGAUUUUAUGAAACAUUGCUUUCUGAAAAAUUUUAGUAACCUUCCGCAUUUCUUGAUUCCUAUUGAUUAUUAAGUAUCACAUACUUAUGAAUCUAUUUGUUAUUUUUCACCUCGGAUGCCCAUUCGAAGAUCUUGAGAUCAAUCUUAAAUACUGAUGGCUUGAAGAGCAAAUAUUGAUUGAAUAUUUAAGGCCAAAUCGGAAAAAUCGAAUGAAUUUCACUAUUUUAAUUAAUCAUUUGAAUUCAAUAAUAUCAAAACUGUCAAACACUUUUGGGUUUGCUUAAAAUAUUCAGAAUAUUAAAAACUUUCCGAUACAUCGAAAUCCUAUUAUAUGAUUACAAAGUUGCGGCAAAACUUGGUCCGUGUUAAGACAAUCAAUAGCAAAUAGAGAAAAAACAAAAACAAACCAACUGUUUUGUCAUGUGAUUUUUAGAUAUCAUUUUUUUAUUGAAUAACCAGUAGUGUCUUUACUGUUCAUUUUUUCAUAUUAAAUACGAAUUUUGAUUGAAUAGUGAUUAAUUUAGAAUAAAGCUCAGCAAAGAAACAUCUGAGCUCAAAGAAAAUAAUUUUAGAUUUCAACAUUGAUCUUCAAAUAUUUGUGUCAAAUCACGCGCGUCGGAGUAUCUCAUUCUUUUUGCUGUUUUGCUGGUUUUGUGUUUUACUGUUCGCACAAACGUUGUUUUACUGUUCUUGUUUAAUGGACCACAAACUUAUGCCACAAAAGUUUUAAUUCCACGUGUUUAGUUCAAUAUUUUUAUUUAACGUAAAUUUUUCUUGUUAAAUUUAAUUAUCUAUUUAUCUACAUACUUUUCGAGUAAUGUCUGUUCAAGCCAUCAGAUUGUGUUCUUUAUUACUUAAAGAAUACUUUGGUGAGAUUAUUUCCAAUGUUGGUAAAACUGUGAUGGAUCUCGAACAAGCGCCAUUGAAAUUGAUAUGGACUGAGUCGAAGGAGAAAUUGAAAAAUUGUAAAAAGGCUUUGACUGUCCUCAUCAAACAUUGUUUAGUAACUAUUCAUAAAAAUUCUGAUGGAUUAACAGAAUACAAAGCUGAACCACAGAGAAUUUUGUACCUAUUGAGGUAUCCCAAGUAUAUUUAUAUUGCCAAGAGAGAGUUUGGUGACUUUGGUGAGCAAAUAAUUGAGGAAAUUUUAAUGGAAGGAAUCUUGACUGCCGAUGAUAUAAUCGAAAAAGUGUAUAACCGGAUGAAGAACUCUAGUGAAAAUAGAGUGGCUGAUGAUAACUUUCGAACUUUGACUAACAUUAGCGAAGUUCUAGUCGAAAUGAUUAAAGCAAAAUAUAUUAUAAGGGCUUGUGUAAUAUCCAAUGAAAGCAAUGAAUCCAUUUGGUUUCCAAGUAACAUAGAAGAAGAUGAAGAUGUCAAGGAUAUUCAACAAAUUGCAACCAAAUUUUCAGUAAAGUUAGAAGACAAUGAAUCUUUGGAACCUGUAUCCAAAAGACGUAAAAAAGAUCCAGUGAAAUCAAAAGAAGACGUUUAUUACGUGGUUAACUCUGAUCAAUUUCAUCUUUAUUUGCGUGAUAUGACAAUUCUGGAGGGUUUGAAAACUCAUUAUGAUGAUGAAAAAGCAGCUCAGCUGGUUCUUGUAAUGCUUCGAUUAAGUCAAGCCCACUUGUGGGCUAAAGAAACAGUGGUAAUAACUAAAACUGAUAUCGUUGAAGAUCUUUGUCCUAAGGUGAUGAAGAAGGGUAAAUUGCCAAAAGAGAGCUGUUCCACAUUAUUUUCCACCAAGGAAGAUAUCGAAGAAUAUCUUACAUUUGUUAUUGAAGAUAACAGUCGUUUUGUUGUGAAAGUUGAUGAAAGAUCUGGCGUAGGAAUGUACCGAGUAAACAUCAUGAAAAUUUAUGAAGAAUUGAUCCAUUCAUCUUUAGCAUCUAUUGUAAGUGAUCGUUUUGGAUCCCAAUGUGGUCGAAUUUUUCGAUUAUUGUUAACCAAAAAAUAUCUUCAUCAAAAACAAAUUGAAGAGCUUGCUAUGGUUCCUGCUAAAGACGCUAAAGAAUGUACAUAUAAUCUGAUGACGAAUAAUUUUAUACGACUGUUGCAAUACCCAAAGGGAUCUGAAUAUGCUCCUGCCCAUACUUAUUUUAUUUUUAACGUUGACUUGGAAGAAAUCGUACGUAGCACGAUCGAACGCUGUUAUCAGGCCAUUUUUAAUUGUAUUAUACGACGCAAUCAUGAAAACGAAGUGCAUAAAAUUUUAAUAGACAGAAAAACAUUCAUCGAUGCUGUUAUAACCAAUCUAAGGCUAAACUCAGGUGAUCAAGCAGACGUUGAGCCACAAAUUGAAGAGCUAAACCAAUCUUUUUCAACCCAUGAUAAAGAACUACUUGAACGGCUCAAAAAACUCUCUCAUCGCUUAGAAUUAUGUGAACUUCAAGUCGAUGAUACUUUAUUCUUGUUUCAAAGUUGGUUAUCAAUCAGUCUUUAUGGUUGAAAAAAAAUCGCCAAAAAUUAACUAUCAAAUUGAUAAUUUGGACUUUAAAAUCAAUUUUAUACUCGUUCUUAAUUCAAUUCGGAUUAAAAAACAUCCAAAAACAAAAA